AUGUUGCCAAAUGAUCUGACUUUGAACAUUUUGGUGCACAGGUGGAGACCAAAGGCCUAUGCAAACCCUGAAUUAAUGGAGUUGCUGCGUUACUCAGUAGAAGACUCAUAUAAACGCCUUAUUUAUCCUCUUCUCUGCAGAGAAUUCAGGUCAAAAUUAACUUCAGAUGCCGAGAAGGAAUCUGUAAUGAUGUUUGGAAGGAACCUCCGCCAAUUGCUUCUUAUGAGUCCUGUGAGAGGGCGAACCUUGAUGGGAGUUGAUCCUGGUUACUCUCAUGGUUGCAAACUGGCAAUAAUUUCACCAAUGAGUCACAUACUCCAUACGGAUAUUGUUUAUUUGCAUCAUGGUAAAGGAUUCCGUGAAGCUGAGAAGAUAAGGAGACUUCUGUUGGAGUACAACUGUGACACUGUAGUGAUUGGCAAUGGAACAGCUUGCAGGGAGACGGAAGCUUACUUUGCUGACUUAAUUAUGAAGAAAUACUUUGCACCCUUAGACGUCACUUACUGCAUUACUAAUGAGGCAGGAGCCUCUAUAUAUAGUGUGAGUCCCGAAGCUUGUAAAGAGAUGCCAGAUCUAGACCCUAACCUACGAAGUGCAGUUUCCAUAGCUAGACGUGUACAAGACCCAUUAGCUGAGCUAGUGAAAAUUGAGCCCAAACACAUUGGAGUUGGAAUGUACCAGCAUGACGUGUCACAGACCUUGCUCAAAGCAACCCUGGACAGCGUGGUGGAGGAGUGUGUCAGCUUUGUAGGAGUUGAUAUUAACAUCUGUUCAGAAAUUUUAUUAAGACACAUUGCAGGACUGAAUGCUACUAGAGCUAAAAAUAUACUUGAAUGGCGGGAGAAGAAUGGACCAUUUGUCAAUCGGGGACAGCUCAAGGAUGUCAAAGGACUGGGGCCAAAGACCUUUCAGCAGUGUGCCGGCUUCAUCAGGAUUAACCAGGAAUACAUUAGAACUUUUUGCAGUCAACAGGGAGAGCUUGUGGCUGGAGGUCAUAAAGCAGUCACAAGUAAAAAGCCAGGGAAGAAGAAAAGUAAAGUGGAAGCCAACAUUGUUCAACAGCCAAAUCCUUUGGAUCAGACGUGUAUCCACCCAGAAUCGUAUCAUAUUGCACAGAGGUUUUUAGAUCUCAUUGGAGGAAAUGCCAACGAGAUAGGAAAGUCAGAAAUGCAGCAAAAAGUGAAUGUGGUCAUUGAAAGAGAAGGGAUAGAAGGACUAGCAAAGAGUUGGAAUACAGCAGGGCACACACUGCAAAUAAUCAUUGAUGGACUGACUCAACCUGAAGGGUAUGACAUCCGGAAAGACUUUGAGAAACCUGAUUUCAAGAGGAGCAUUGUUUGUCUCGAGGACUUGAGCAUUGGAACUGUUUUGACAGGAAGAGUUGAGAACGCUACUCUCUUUGGAGUUUUCGUUGAUAUUGGAGUUGGUAGGGCAGGACUGAUUCCAAUUCGGAGCAUAACAGAAGACAAGCUUUCAAAAGUAAAGAAGAGAAGGAGCCUCAGUUUGGGCCCAGGUGAAAAAGUGGAAGUCACAGUGCGUGAAAUUGACAUCCCACGAUCCAGAAUAACAUUGGACCUUAUACGUGUUUUAUGAGCUGUUUGUUAGUACCUUUCAUUUUACAAGUUCUCCGUGAGCAGAAUGCUGCUAAAAUGUUAAACCCAGAUCUGGCAGCCCCUGAACCUGCAGAAGUGUGCUGUCCACCAACAAGCUCACAGUCAAAAUUAUGUGGCUGCGCCAAUUGGCUGAACAAUUGUAGAAUGGGUGAGGGUUAUUCACAUGGUCACUGAUCUGUGCAGUUCAAGCUGCUAUGAUUGCACAAGUCUGUAGAAUUAGAGGCACUAGUCCAUAAAUCAGUGUGGCUUAGAGGCAAACCCACUAUUGCUCCAUGAGGACCACCAAGACUCGAAAUUUGAUCUUAGUCUCUGUGGUGGAGAGAAAUCAGUAAAUCUCAUACAUUUAAAAUCUGCACAUCAUGCUUUUAUGUUCAUCAGGUAGUUCUGAAAGAACAGGUGAGGAAUUUCUAUGGAUCUCUGUUCCAUGUAUACCCAGAUAACGUUGUAAAAAUGUUUCCUUGCUAA